AUGCUUUAUUCAAGGGUUCCUUUACCCGGUUCAUAUUCUGAAACAACAUUUCUUCCUGGUAAUACGGGGAUAUAUAUGAAUUUCUUGUCGCAUUCAGAUGUUCAGCCCAUUGGAUCUUUGGAUUCCAACCCGUCUCGACAAGAAACUCUAUCAAAUCUUGUAGGAUCAUCAACUGUGGAUCAUGAUUUUAGCAUGAUUCAUCCAAUGGGUGGAGUUUCUGGCAUUCUUCGAGGCGCUACAAGUUUGGAGGGACGAGGAUUAUCCCUGAGUCUCAGCACACACAAUCCAUCACGAAUGAAUAUGUCAUCUAUCCAGUAUCUGAGCUCUAAUCCCAAUUUCUCCCCAUUAUCGUGUCCGAAUCCAUCUAUAUCAGGUGAAACCAGGGGCCAGAAUGUUUCUUUUGAAGAAAACGACGAUUCUCAGAUUAAGCAAUGGCGUAAUGAAUAUAUGGUUUCUGAUGUUCCCAGAAGCAAUUUGAAUGCGAAAAAGGCUGAUGUCCCUGCAUAUGGAAUGUCGAGUAUUCCUAGUGUGGUUCCUAAUUCCAAGUACUUGAAAGCAGCUCAACGAUUGCUGGAUGAAGUUGUUAAUGUCAGACAAGCUAUUAUGGAGCAACACAUCGGCUUUAUUAAAACUGCCAAAGAAGCUGAUGGAGAGUCGGGGAAUGGAACCUCGGACCCUUCUGCAGCUGGGAUAUCUUCAACACCGCAGGAGUCUAGCAGCAUCUUUCCUAGUGAACUUUCAGCUGCCAAGAAGCAGGACGUGCAAGAUAAGAUCUCAAAGCUUUUAUCAAUGUUGGACGAGGUUGAUCAAAGGUACAGACAGUAUUAUCAUCAGAUGCAAACAGUGGUGUCAUCUUUUGAUGUAAUAGCAGGAUGUGGUGCAGCCAAACCUUACACGUCCCUCGCCCUUAAGACAAUAUCUCGUCACUUUCGUUCCUUGCAUGAUGCAAUAAAUGGCCAGAUUCGUGUGGCUCAAAACAGCUUUGGAGAGGAAGAUUCUUCAGCAAAUGGUAAAGGGGUUAGAAUAUCUCGACUGCGUCAUGUAGAUCAGCGACUCAGGCAACAGAGAGCCCUUCAGCAACUCGGAAUGAUGCGACCACAUGCUUGGAGGACACAGAGGGGACUCCCAGAAAGCUCUGUUUCAAUUUUGCGUGCUUGGCUUUUCGAGCACUUCCUUCAUCCCUACCCUAAAGAUUCGGACAAGACCAUGCUAGCAAGGCAGACCGGCUUGACAAGAAGUCAGGUCUCAAACUGGUUCAUAAAUGCACGAGUUCGGCUCUGGAAGCCUAUGGUCGAAGAAAUGUACAAAAAAGAGGUUGGUGAUGUCGAGAUAGACACUAUUUCUUCUGAAUCUGCACAAAAAGCUUUAAAAACUGAUGCAAAAGCAUCAGAGGACUUGUACCAAACCACGUCUCCCACAGAAACCGAGCAUUGUAGAACUGGGCAACCCUUUGAGCCAAUUUCUGAUCAUGUCCCUGAUGUAGAAAUGGUGGGAUCAGACACCAAUCCCUCAUACCAGAAUCUGAUAGGACAAAGUAGAGUCGAACAAAUCCCUCUUCCCGUGGAUGAUCAGAGCCUUUUUCCACAUAAGAUAAUACAGUCAAAUUAUGGCGACGAAAGAUUUAUGGCAGCCGCAUUCCAGAUUUCUGAGCUAGAGAGAUUUGGAAGUGGAAACGGAGUAUCGCUCAUGUUAGGAUUGCAGGGUGGUAGCCUACCCGUUUCUAAUGAAACUCCUCGUAAUUUUGCAAUAGUGAGAGGCAAUGAUGUAUAUAAUGCAUCUGCUUCUUCUACAGGGAUUGGGACACCAGGAUUUGACUUUAUGGAUUCUGCAAACCGGUAG